GGGCGGGUCGAGCCAACUGGGACCCGCAGUGGGGUCGACUUAGGCUCGAAAGUCCUUCAGGGACGGGAGCUGACCAAUAAGAUGGUGCGAUGGUUGUCACCCCCUGUCUAUUCUAGCGAUCCGGAAAUACCAAUAGACGUAAGGGAAGGGCUGUCUGUUGUUCUCCCGGAGGAAGGGACGUGGACGGACCUGGAACCAGCCUAUGAAACUGUGAUGCUGGACGAGAAGGACGCGUUCCUCUGGAUAGAGACGAUUUGGACUAAGGUCAACCUGACGAGACUCUCACCAAGUUUGAUGGACUUAGAGUUCCGGGGGACGGUGGAAGCCCGAGGGUGGGUCUAUCUAUCCCAGGACCUGGAAAAUGAAGUGGUAAUAGGGUUGGUAUUGGGCGUGGCACCGACAAAGCUGUUUAGACAAGCGGAGCGGGAGAUGGCAUGGGCAGCGUGUCAGCGGGCGAAAAUGGAAAUGGAUAAGAUAGAUGUGCGAGUGGAACUCGGGGACAGAAAGAGUAUGAGACGGCCCCUUAGAACAAUGAGGAAGCCCAAUAAGACGCUUAGGUGGAUCCAGGACCUGCAGAAGCUCAAUGCGGUAACAAUUAGGGACGCAGGCUCGCUUCCACAGGCCGACUUGCUGGCAGAAUCUCAUGCGGGGCGGAGCAUUUACUCCCUGGUAGACUUGUACUCAGGAUAUGAUCAGCUGCCACUCGAUGCGAGGGAUAGACCGUACACCGCAAUGCACACCCCCGUAGGACAGUUGCAGAUGCAAGUGACCCCUAUGGGUUUCACAAAUGCGGUAGCAGAGGCGCAGAGGAGGAUGCUCGCCGUCACAGGCGAUAUGUUUCCAGAAAAGUGCGAGCCAUACAUAGAUGAUAACCCCGUAAAAGGCGCAAGGUACAAAGACGAGACGAAGGUCGAGCCAGGUGUGCGAAAAUUUAUCUGGGAUCACCUGCAGGAUAUCAAGGAUCUCCUACAGCGGGGGGACUUUGUGGUGGAUAACGAAAUGGCCGACGCAACACUUACAACGGGUCAGCUGCUGAUUCAGACUUUGGAAAAGGGCACACCUGCGGUAGUUGCAGAACUCAGGGAAGGACCAGCCACCACAGUUAGACGCAAAGAGGAAAAUGACUCUUGGGGAGCAGAUUUAGGGACCAGAGAGGAACUGAUGGCAAUGGCCGUGGAAGGGGGAGGGGACGCCGUGAUGACGUUGGCCAAAACUUGGGCACAGAAGGAGUGCCAGUACCUAGUCAACCAGACCCGGGAGGAGCAGGGUACGGAUCAGAAGGAACAAGAAUUCUUCCUCAUACAGAUGUACGAGGGCGUCUUUAGAGAAAUCGACCUGAUGCUUGUAGGGAACAAACAGCCCACGGAAGUUAGUCCCAAGGCAAGGGAGGAAGUCGAAACGUAUGUCCUAAGAAACGACCAGCUGUUCAAGAAAGAGGAAGGGAUGAUGCCUAGACGUGUCGUUUGUGGGAGGUCCAGGCAGCUGGACGUAAUUCAGGCAAUGCAUGAUGGGCUAGUUGGAGGUAACCGGUCGUCUGAGGGGACACUUGCAAAGAUCGUGCCCCUGUACUUCUGGCCAGGAAUGGCAGGCAUGGUCGCGACGUACUGUCAGACGUGUUUGAUAUGCCAAGAAUGGAGCUCCGUGCGAAUUUACGAGCCACUUAGACCCACACGGGUACUGGGACCCGGCCACCUUGUUCACCUUGAUCUUGCGGUCAUGCCCGUAUCGACGGAUGGGUUCAGGUACAUCCUGGAUGCGAGGGACAAUCUCAGUGGUUAUGUAGAGGCCGUAGCUCUCAAGAGGAAGACAGGGAAAGCAGUGGCUGAUUGGGUGGAAGAUUUCUACUUAAGACACCCCUUCAUGCGCAGGUUUAUAGCAGACAAUGGGACAAAAUUCGUUAACCAGGAGGUGUUGAGCAGGCUUAAGGCACUGUGCGUACCAAUCAAGAUCACUGAGCCCUAUCACCCCGAGGCAAAUGCACCAGUAGAAAGGGGGCACCGGACCUUAAAAAACACAAUCGCUAAACUUGCAGCAGACAACUUGGGAAGCUGGCCACGGUACCUUAAGCAGGCAGUCUUCGCUGAGAACAUGACACCAAAGAGAACGACGGGAUGCAUCCCAGCAGAGCUAUGGUACGAAAGGGAGAUUGACUUCCCAGUGGAGGCCCUCAUCCCUACCUGGAACAGAUUAGACGAUAAUCCGCACCUGACCACGAAAGAGUUAAUCACUACACGUUGCCAGCAGGUCGCCAGGAAUGAGGAAGCACUGGAGGAAGUAGUCAACCGUGUAACGGAUAGCCAAAUGAAGGACAAAGCAAGGUGGGAUCAGGUCAAGAACAUUCGGAAGGAGCCACUCCAAGUGGGGGAGAACGUGCUAGUUAGAAACUCGGCCCUUGAAAGCUCAUGGUCUGGGCAGCUGGGGAAGAGAUUCAAAGGGCCUUACAUGAUUGCUAAACGGGUGGGACUGAAUGCGUUCGAACUUGAGGAUCUUGAUGGUACUAGCAUAAGAGGACCAUUUCCGGGGCAGAGAUUAACCCGAUCUUUUAGCAGGGAUCCGGUGGAACAAUGGUUACAAGAAGCUCAGGACAGGGAAAGUGGGGAAUUGACAAUCUGAAAGGCAGGAAACUGGCUAUGAGUUCU